AUGAUGCACAGAGAAUCUUGCGCUUGUGGCACCAGCAGUUUAGAACUGUUUAAAGUGCCCCCGACCAACGUCACUUUAGAAGAUUCGAAAUGGAUGGAAUAUUACCCCAUUUCCAGUACCCUCAACUCGGAUACGGCUCCGAUUGAAUUUGAAAUCAAAGGACAAGGAGAUGAAUAUCUGGAUUUAUCCCAAACUUAUCUCCAGAUGGUCUGUAAAUUCACGAAAGCCAAUGGAACGAAUCUCACAGGAGGCCAUUCGACCUCCACCCCCGUGAAUAACAUUCUCCAUUCCUUGUUCAGUGAAAUCGAUGUCAGUCUCAAUGGAAAAGUCAUUACCCCGGGGACGGAUACUUAUCCCUACAAAGCGUAUCUGGAGAAAUUGUUGUCUUAUGCACCCAAGACUCUGGAAACCCAGAUGAGAGCCUUAGUGAAUAACAAAGUCAACAUCGCGGCCGUCAUCCCGACUCCCGAGUAUCCGGAUGAUUCCAAGAAUGUAGGGUUGAGAAAACGUCACGAGAAGAUUACAGACAGUAAGGAGAUCGUGUUGAUGGAUCGAUUACAUCUGGAUUUGUUUGAGCAAGAGAAAUGUCUCCCUAAUGGUUUGGAUGUCCGUCUCAGAUUCAAUCGCGCUCGACCCCAGUUCUACAUGAUGACCGAUGCCGGGAGUAGUGGGAAAGUGGUCAUUCAAAGUAUGAUCUUGUGGGUGAGGAAAGUCAAACCUGUGCCGAGUAUCAUUAAUCUCAUCAAUCAGCAACUGAGUACUCAAACGGCGAAAUAUCCAUUGAGACGAGUGGAAGUGAAAACCUUCACCAUUCCUAGUGGCACCCAAUCUAAAAUCACCGAUCAUCUGUUUCAAGGACAGAUGCCUAAACUGAUCGUGUUGGGCCAGGACUGGGCUCCGGACAUUACCCUGGAAGAGUAUAAAAACGGUUACACCCUCUGGUGUGUGGAUUUCACGAAAGAUCAAGAAGCCCAGACGGAUAAAUUUCAUCUCAUACAGACGGGGAACUUGAGAGUGGAAGUGCAAUUUGCCGCCAACGUAGCCAGGACCUUAAACUGUGUGGUGUAUGCCGUGUUCGACAAUCUGCUAGAAAUCAACAAACAACGAGAAGUCAGCAUCGAUUACUAA